ACAAAAAAAAAACAAUGUUCACAUGAGACUUUGUCUCCCGUGGUGGUGGGGGGGGCAGGGAUGGGGAUAGAGGGCGGCGCUGGCGGACUCUCCAAGUCCACCUGCAGCAUCCCCAGGAUCAAGCGAUGAGGAUUCAGGUCGCCAAGAGGAAAAGGCUGCCCUGUAGGGCUCGCGGAGCGUUUGGCACGCGAGCCGGCGGGUCCUGCUCCUCCGUAGGCUCCAGUCCGGGGGGGCCCCGGGGACGCGAGGUGAGGCGGGGCUGUCCCCGCGGCGGGACACGUGCGUCCACGGCGCCCCCGACCGCCAGGCGUCCCCGCGCUGGCCGAGGGCGGGGCAGCUGCGCGGCGCUCCCCUCCUCUUCUCUUCUCCUCCUCCUCCUCCUCCCGCCCGGCCUCCGGUCGACCGGCGCACUCGGCCCUGGGCGAGCUGCGAGCUGCCGGCCGAGUCAUGGGCUGCGACGGCCGGGUGUCGGGGCUGCUCCGCCGCAACCUGCAGCCCACGCUCACCUACUGGAGCGUCUUCUUCAGCUUCGGCCUGUGCAUCGCCUUCCUGGGGCCCACGCUGUUGGACCUGCGCUGCCAAACGCACAGCUCGCUGCCCCAGAUCUCCUGGGUCUUCUUCUCGCAGCAGCUCUGCCUCCUGCUGGGCAGCGCCCUCGGGGGCGUCUUCAAGAGGACGUCCUCCAUUUCUUCGUGGGCUUUGGUGCUCUGCUGAGCCCCCUGAUUGCUGAUCCCUUCCUGUCAGAGGCCAACUGCUUUCCUGCUAACAGCACAGCCAAUGCCUCCUCCAGAAGCCACCUGUUCCAUGCAUCCAGGGUCCUGGGCCAGCAUCAGGCAGCAACCCAGCCUUGGUCAAACCAGACGAUCCCCGGGCCAUCCCCAAAGGAUUCGACAGAGAACCACGUAUCCUAUGCCUUCUGGAUCAUGGCUCUCAUCAACCUCCCAGUGCCCCUGGCGGUUCUGUUCCUGCUGUCCAAGGAGCGGCUGCUGACCUGCCCCCAGCGGACGCCACUGCUCCUGUCUGCGGACGAGCUUGCACUGGAGACCCGGCCUGCUGAGAAGGAAGACACCUCCUCACUGGCCCCCAAGUUUCAGUCACACCCAGGGCAGGAGGACCUGUUCAGCUGCUGCCAGAGGAAGAACUUCCGGGGAGCCCCAUGCUCUUUCUUCGCCAUCCACAUCACAGCGGCUCUGGUCCUGUUCAUGACAGAUGGGAUGAUGGGCGCUUAUUCUGCCUUUGUGUACAGCUAUGCCGUGGAGAAGCCCCUGUCUGUUGGACACAAGAUGGCUGGUUACCUCCCCAGCCUCUUCUGGGGCUUCAUCACCCUGGGCCGACUCAUCUCCAUCCCUGUCUCCUCAAGAAUGAGGCCAGCCACCAUGGUGUUCAUCAACGUGGUGGGCGUGGUGGUGACAUUCCUGCUCCUGCUUAUUUUCUCCUACAAUGUCAUCUUCCUGUUCGUGGGGACCGCAAGCCUCGGACUGUUUCUGAGUAGCACCUUCCCCAGCAUGCUGGCCUACACGGAGGACAUCCUCCAGUACAAAGGCUGUGCGACUACAGUGCUGGUGACUGGGGCAGGAAUUGGCGAGAUGGUCCUGCAGAUGCUGGUUGGUUUGAUCUUCCAGGCCCAGGGCAGUUACAGUUUCCUGGUCUGCGGUGUGAUCUUUGGCUGCCUGGCUUUUAUCUUCUACACCGUGCUCCUGUUUUUCCACAGGAUACACCCUGAACUCUCAUCAGUUCUUACCCAAGACAAACCCCUUGGCGUGGAGAACUCUGAGAGCUACCAGAGGUGAAGACCUCAGCCUCCUGAGCGCCAGGGUGAUCAAACUGCCACAGGAGGCCGAGGGUCACGGAGGAAGCUUCUCCUGCCACCUUGCUUACGUCGUUUCCUUUCAUACUUAGGCAGGAAGUUGAGUCCUGGUCCCUGAGUGCUCCCUGAACAAAUCAAGCACCUGCCUAGCACUUUAGUAUCGUCUUCUCUGGUUCAGACUUGGUAGUCCCUGGUAACCAGAUGGGAGGGACCAAAGACAGCUCACAUCUCUCCACUCAUCACCCUGUGCAUGGGCUAAACGCUGGGCUUGAGAUCACUUUUAGUUGAGGUUUGAAAAAAAAAUGCUGAAAUCAUAAAGCUUAAUCAUUGCUAGAUGUAGAUAUAUUUAGAUAUAUUUUAAAUUAAUCACAACCCUCUAGCAUGUUGAAAAGGAUUUAUGUGUUCUUCCCUUACCCAUGAUCCUAAGUCCCUAACAUUCCUCCUGUAGAAAUCAGGAGUUCCCUUGUGUCCUAAGACAGCAAAGGAAAUGCUGAAUCUUUUUUUGAGACCCCCAGGUCAGUGGCACACUAGGCUAACCCAGACCAGCUUUAGAAAAGCUGACUGUUAAAUUUUCAUUUUGAAAGUCGUGCAGCCAUGAUUUCAAGUUAAAUUAACCUGUAACUAAACCAAGGCACUACUCAAAAUACUUUCUCAUUUUACAUGCCUGAUGCUCCUGAGGUCACUGUGUCUGUGGCACAAAGGUGGUGGCAUUUCUAUGUAACGGAAUGCUGCCGGGCUCCUCUCAGCUGCUCAGUGACAGCCCGCUGGUAGUCCGAGGUCAGCCAUGGUACAGAAAUGGUAAAAGCUACACAUCAUGGCUGCGCUCUCCCCGUCCCCCAGAACAGAUGGUUUUACCGGCCUCUCACUGCUAAUGAGCAAUGUUAAUUGGUUCAGAAAGCACAAGGAGAAUGAGAUGGACCUCCUAUUUUUCUUUACUGACAUCCACAAGGUGCAGAGGCAGCACUGAGAAUUUAAAAAAAAAAAAAAAAAGCUCAUUGAAGUUUUGUGCCUUUUACAGAGGAAAAUUUUAUACUGUGUCAAGGUCUUUUUUCCCCAUAGAAAUCGAGGACUCCUGAAUAAUUCAAGCCAUGCAGUAUACAGAGAGCAGUGUCAGUAUGCAGAAAUCGAUGUCUGUCAGGAGUUCCCAGUUCUAUGCAGAACACAGAGGGUUAGUAAUACAGAGAAUUCGAGAAUACAGGCUCUCCAGCCUGGACAAGGCUGAGCGCAAGAUCUCUGGAAUCACUGCCAUGGCUGUUACAGUGACUUCUGGAAGGAAUGAAAUGUCCCAUUACA